UUAGAGACUGGACGCUUCUUCUUCCGAACGCAUCUUAGUAUCGAACGGUGAACGUGAAGCUGUUACUACACGCACGUGUCUUCUUGUUGCGUUCGAAUAAUAAUAACUGCGUACGUCGUCCUCGCGUUCUCCUCUCAAAAGAAAUCUCUCGUUUUCGACCAAUUACAUUUACCCCAUCGUCUCGUUCGAUUAAGUCCGCGAAUUCGCGGAUGCGCAAAUGCGCGAGCGUGAGCGAGCGCGCGCGCGCUCGCUUUAUCUUAGCGCGAUGCUCGAAGACGAAAGGAGGAAUCACGCUCGAUCUUAAAUUCUAUCGGUAUAUAGCUAGACUUCCUCUUUCCUCCUCCCAUCAUUCUUGGGUGGACGCGAUAAAUGAGAUAUCUUUACUAUGCCAAGAGAUGAGUCUUCUCUGUCCACAAGCGAAUCUCGCUCUUCGUGAAUCGCAAAUUUCAUUCCACGCAUGGCGUUAACUCAAUUAGCAUGAGGGAGACGAUAAAGAGCGCGUUAAGGCCUCAUUCAUAGACGGACAGCUGAAACCUUCGAACGUCAGCGAGAUCGGACUAUGUUCAAAGCCGUUCGCGUAGAAAAGUUGAGAACGAAACGAAUCGAGAGGAUGGCACAUAUAGCGAGAAAAGAGAAGGCGGAAGAGGAGGAGGACUAGCGUCGAGAUUGAGAAUUUCUACAGGAAAGAAUUGGUGUUGGGAAGAAGAGGAGGAAGAGGAAGAAGAAGGAAAGAAAAGGAGAACGGCAAUAGCGGCAACGGGAAUAAGAGGUGGAAGAAGAAGAUCGGUUUCCCCGAUAAUCAUCGAGAGCCAUAUUUUUCCGACGUGGAGGAGAACGCGGAGGAGCUGCAGCGGUAGUAUCGAAAGAAGAAGGAUAAGGUGGUCCUGGAGGUGGAGGUGGGAUCGGUCGAAAGACGACGACGGCGGCGGCGGUGGCGGUGGCGGUGGUGGUGGUGGCGCCGACGACGACGACGACGACGACGACGACGACGACGACGACGAGGACGACAACGACAGCGGUGGUAACAAGAGGGUAGGCCGGAGGUGACCAUUCACCCCACAUGGACGCCACCCUCGAGAAACCACCCAUAUCCUCAAAAGUGGAUAUUUUAUCGCCAUUAUAUCGCCAGGAAAUAUCCGAGCGGAGCGCGAGAGAAGCGCGACGCUCGAGGACGAUAAUUUCUCUUCUCCUCGGCCGUUCUUUGGCCCUUCUUCGAGGAUUCGUCGCCGUUCCGAUAACGACGACGACGACGACGACGACGACGAGAACAACGACGACAACGAUUCGUCUAGCGAAUUACCACCCUCGACCGCAAACUUUUACUUCUCCUUAUUUCGCUGGUACCGACGAAGUCGACGGCGACGGCGACGGCGACGGCGACGGCGACGGUGACGAGGACGAGGACGCGUCGACAUCAAACACGUUUCAUGCGUUUAUUACGAUACACGCAUCGACACGCGUUGUCGUCGUUGUCGUCGUCGUCGUCGUCACGCAUGUAAAAGGCAUAUCGAUAGACUCCGUCCAAAAGAGCCUAAUCAGCAAUUUUAACAAGCCUAAUCAACGCUUUCCGCCGACGAAAAAUGUCGCGCAGCGCAUCUACGCGUCCCAUGCAAGGCGUCGACGUCAAUCUCGACAUCCAUGUCGCUUUUGGCGUCGGCGUCGGCGUCGGCGUCGGCGUCGGCGUCAUCGUCGUCGUUCGACGUUGGCGUAAGCGUCGUGACACGUGGCGCCGUCGAGGGGCGACGCCUCAAAGUCACUCGACGGCCGUCGAACCGUAAUUUCAUCGACGAGUUGUGGAGCUUUGCUACGUCGUGUUCCGGACAUCGAGAAAGGGAGAGAGAGAGAGAGAGAGAGAGAGAGAGAGAGAGAGAGUGAGAGAGAGGGAGAGACAGAGAAAGGAAGAGAGAGAGAGAGAGAGAGAGAGAGAGAGAACAAAAUAGACUGGUAGACAAGUGCCUCCAGUGUAUGCUUUGUGAAAAUUAUCUUAAAGUCGUUUACGCGUACAAUACUUGGGUGCUGCUGCUCCUUCGGUCGCGCGUAUCUCCACUUCUUUCUCCUUUUAUUUCUCAUUCUUCUUUUCUCCUUUCUUUUUCUCCCUAUUCCUCGUUUUCCAAUUUUCAUUGUUAGUGCUAGUGCCGCUGCUUUUGUCGCAAACCAGAAGAAACAAGCGCGCAUUCAAUCACUGUACUACUAUAUGCGCUGUCAUUGUAGUAUAGUCAUCUUCGUCGUCCUACUCGGUGAUCCUCAUCGUGGAAGGCAUUUACGGAAGAAGAAGAAUACAUAAAAUCGGUGCAAAUCGACAUUUGCUUCCUUCGAUGGGAUCCUCGUGUUACGGGACAUCACCGUCGACGCCUGAUAUCGAUCGGUCCUCUCUCCCUCCUCCUCCUCUUCCUCCUCUUCUUCAUCCUCCAACAGUCCUCCCUGCUCGUUCACCUUUCUCGCCUUCCGCUUUUCGAGCCUAGUGCGCUAGACAACAGAAUCCUGUUUCCUCGUAGUUUUUCGCAUUAACUAUCGCUCUCAUGAUCCUGGAUAUCUUCUCUGACAUAUCGUUCCCUUGUGGAUGAUCGUUACGUGAAAAACGAUACGACGACCACGACGACGACCACGACGACGGAUGACGGUGAAUGAUUCUCCUUCGAGACAUAUUUUCUUGUAUGAAAUCAAAGGGAGUUGUCGUUCAUUUCACCGUCUUUCAUUGAAGAGAAACGCGUUCGCGCCAAUCUUUAUUGCACAACGAUGUUAGCAUCGAUACGUGCAUCGACCAAUUCAUCGUUCCUUUAUGAUUUCGAUCACGUUUAAAUCGAUCACUCAUUGGAACGUGAAACACCCUUAUUUUCGAUCGUUUAACGGUGAUAUCCUUACGGUCGUUGUUCGAAUAAACGAGCUAUGCGAUCAACGUUAAGAAAAAGUGUAGGGAUGGUAGACGUCAAAUGUUUCUCUAUCAAGUCAUUUUCCCGCAUAAGUUUUUCAAAUUGGCCUCAGUGUGGUGGUGGAACGCGUUUAGAAAAGGCUAGAUACGUAUCACGUGACAGGGAGAUAGAGAAACGUAAGUGGCGCUGUAGAUAGGUAGACGUCUCUAAUCGCGGUAUCCUUCAAUUUUCGCGCUUUUUCGGGGAGGGACGCUGAAGAAAAUUAAACGCGUUAAAAUAACAUUGUUAAGCAGUAAUUUUCUUAUCGGACGAAAAAAAUAAUUGUGCGAAGGAAACAUUCCGUCGUCGUUGUUCGUCAAACGUCUCGGAGCCUCGUCGAAAAAAAGAAAAAGAAAAAAAAAGCAUAUUUCUCAAAUCUCUCCAAUUUCUUACUUAAAAGGAUAUCGCGCAACAAUGGGAGAAAGACAUUAACACCUAAUAAAUCAGUCGGAUUGCGUUUAAAGACCAAUUAAAGGAUAUGUAAAAGGGAAGGGAGAAAAAUAAGGGGGACCUCUUAGAGUGGUUCAGCGUGCGCUUAAAAAUGCGCGUCUCUCGUCGGUUUUACGAUUGCAAGACGAGUUGGGAAGGAAACGAAGAGAAAGUGGUUCGUGAUACCUAGCGCGACGUAGGGCGCGCGACGUCUUUGGAGAGAUUCAUGCCUUGCGGAAGCUGCGAUGAUACGGACGGACGAAGAGGAGGGUUCAAAACGGGAGAAGAAGAAUGUAAAAGGCGAGCCGGACAUCGUCUCCUCGGCACCUCCUACGUGCCACGAAGACGAAGAGGUUGGCCAUAGAGAGGGUUUAUAGCUUGUGCGUAGGAUAGACGAUGAGCGUCGAGGUCGACACGCUGGAACUCGAAGUCUUCGAGGUAAAAGAGUGUGACGAGACCGAUGUUACGGAAGGAAAAAGAACAACGACCACGACGACGACGACGACGACGACGACGACGACGACGACGGCGACUGCAACGGCGACAACGACGGCGACGAAAACGACGGCGGUGGCAGCGGCAACGGUGACUGUAACGGCAACGACAACGACGGUGACUGUAACGGCAGCAGCAACAACAGCGGCGGCGACGGUAACGGUGACGGUGACAACAACAACAACAACAACAACGACGACGACGACGACGACGAGGACGACGACGACGACGACGACGACCACAACCACGACGGCGGCGGCGGCGGCGGCGGCGGCGAAAGAAGCAGCCAUGUGCGCUGUGGACAUUUGCAUUCAAGAUGGAAACGAAAUCCGUAAGAAGAAGCGAAAACGGCGAAAAAUGCGCAACAAGCCACAACUGCAAGAGCAACAAGACGUAUCGAUUCACGCAGUAUUGAAUCUUCCAUCGUCGUCCGAAGAAGUUGUUGAGGCAGUCGACGAAUGCUCCAAAAGAGAUUCGUCGAGCAGUCUUGGUGGUACCAGCAGGCACAAUACCUUCAGGGAAUCAUUGCUUACGGUACUGGGCAAGCUGGUCAUAUGGAAGGGCAGCAGGUAUCGUUCCACAACUGCUGCUUCGUCCUCUUCCAGUGUGCCUCCGAAUUCACCACCUGCCACAGAAUGUAUCGGUCGUAGUACAUCUUUUUUUUCUAGCGAAACAGAAAGGCGCAUCCGCGCCAAUAAUCGCGAAUACAAUUCACAGUUUAAUUAUGCGAACAACUACAUAAAGACGUCCAAGUAUUCGGUUCUGACGUUCCUACCAUUGAAUUUGUUCGAGCAAUUUCAACGGCUCGCCAACUUUUACUUCCUAUGCCUGCUGGUGCUUCAAAUGAUACCCGCCAUAUCCUCUUUGACUCCCAUUACGACAGCUAUACCGCUCAUAGGGGUACUUAUGCUCACUGCCGUUAAGGAUGCCUACGACGACUUUCAACGGCAUAGCAGCGAUUCACAAGUUAAUAAUAGAAAGUCACAAACAUUGCGUGGCACUAGCUUACGCGAAGAGAAAUGGUCUCAGGUUCAAGUUGGGGACGUUAUAAGAAUGGAGAAUGAUCACUUUGUCGCGGCGGACGUUCUUCUUCUAUCAACGAGCGAACCUAAUGGUCUUUGUUACAUCGAAACGGCAGAAUUGGAUGGGGAGACUAAUUUAAAAUGCCGGCAAUGCUUGACUGAGACUGCCGAAAUGAUGGACAACCAUGAAUCAAUUGGUCAAUUCGACGGUGAAAUCGUUUGCGAAACGCCUAACAAUUUGUUGAAUAAGUUUGAUGGCACGUUAACGUGGAGAGGACGGAAAUACGCGUUGGAUAACGACAAAAUCAUAUUACGAGGUUGUGUACUAAGAAAUACACAAUGGUGCUACGGCGUGGUCAUCUUUGCGGGCAAGGAUACCAAAUUAAUGCAAAACUCAGGGAAGACCAAAUUUAAGAGGACCUCUAUAGAUAGGCUGCUGAAUCUUCUGAUUAUUGGAAUAGUGUUUUUCUUGCUUUCUAUGUGUUUGUUUUGCAUGAUCGGUUGUGGUAUUUGGGAGAGCCUCGUGGGUCGAUAUUUUCAAGUGUAUUUACCUUGGGACUCGUUAGUGCCUAGCGAACCUUUAGGAGGUGCCACAGUGAUCGCUCUCCUCGUAUUCUUUUCAUAUGCUAUUGUAUUGAACACAGUGGUGCCAAUCAGUUUAUAUGUGAGUGUCGAAGUGAUCAGAUUCGUGCAGUCGUUUCUGAUCAAUUGGGAUGAAGAAAUGUACUACGCGCCUACGAAUACACAUGCCAAGGCUAGGACUACUACGUUAAACGAAGAAUUGGGUCAGAUAGAAUACAUCUUUUCUGACAAAACUGGAACAUUAACGCAAAAUAUAAUGACCUUUAAUAAGUGUUCUGUAGCUGGUAAAUGUUACGGUGACACUGUAGACGAAGUUACUGGAGAAGUCGUCGAUUUAAGCGAGACGGACAAAGCUGCACAAACUCCAACAAUGCGAUGGAAGAGCGGACAGGAAUUUGUUCGUCAAGUUUAUACCCCGCUUAGCGGUCCAAACGUCCGUCUUCUGGAGCAAGCUGACAGAAUGUCCAGUACAACACCAGAACCAGGAAUCAGUGCCAGCCCAAAGCUUCAACACAAACAUUCAAUGAUGCCACCCCUGGAUUUUUCAUUUAACAAGGAUUACGAGCCUGAAUUUAAAUUCUACGAUCCUGCACUUUUGGAAGCUGUCAAGCAAGGCAAUGAAGAUGUUCACAGUUUCUUUCGCUUAUUAGCACUAUGCCACACCGUUAUGCCAGAAGAGAAACACGGAAAGCUCGAGUAUCAAGCACAGUCGCCGGACGAGGCAGCGCUCGUUUCAGCAGCUAGAAAUUUUGGUUUUGUCUUUAAAGAAAGAUCUCCUAAUAGCAUAACGAUCGAAGUAAUGGGAAAGCGUGAAGUAUAUGAGCUACUGUGUAUUCUAGACUUUAAUAAUGUCAGAAAAAGAAUGUCUGUAAUAUUGAGAAAGGAUGGACAUCUUAGGUUGUAUUGUAAAGGAGCAGACAAUGUCAUUUACGAACGUUUGAAGAAAGAUAGCGAUGAAAUUAUGUCAAAGACUUUGGAUCAUCUCAAUAAAUUUGCAGGCGAAGGUUUGAGAACAUUGUGCCUUUCAGUGAGAGAUUUAGAUGAAAGCUUCUUUAAUAAUUGGAAACAACGUCAUCAAGAAGCGGCACUCAGCCAUGAGAAUAGAGAUGACAAAUUGGACGCCAUAUACGAAGAGAUAGAAAAAGAUAUGACGUUAUUAGGUGCUACUGCCAUUGAGGAUAAAUUACAAGAUGGUGUACCCCAAACCAUCGCGAAUUUAGGACUCGCUGGCAUAAAAGUGUGGGUAUUAACAGGUGAUAAACAAGAAACGGCCAUCAACAUCGGUUAUUCGUGUCAACUGUUAACAGACGAUCUUACCGAUGUCUUUGUAGUAGAUGCUACUACUUAUGAUGGGGUUGAAACUCAAUUGACACGAUAUUUGGAAACCAUCAAGGCAGCCUCGAGCCAUCAGAAUCGGCCAACUCUCUCCAUUGUCACAUUCAGGUGGGACAAGGAAAGCAGUGAUACGGAAUAUAAUCCGAGUAGAGACGAGCAGGAUGAGCAUGAAAUGGAGCAAGCUAUGGGUUUUGCAGUGGUUAUCAAUGGACAUUCCUUAGUGCACGCAUUGCAUCCGCAACUUGAUCAACUUUUUCUGGAAGUAUCAAGCCAAUGUAAAUCUGUGAUAUGUUGUCGUGUAACACCUUUACAAAAAGCAAUGGUCGUUGAAUUGAUAAAGAAAAAUAAAAAUGCGGUUACUCUGGCGAUCGGAGAUGGAGCUAAUGACGUUUCGAUGAUAAAGACGGCUCAUAUUGGCGUUGGUAUCAGUGGACAAGAAGGACUGCAAGCUGUACUAGCCUCUGAUUAUUCUAUAGGGCAAUUUAGGUUCUUAGAAAGAUUAUUACUCGUACACGGCAGGUGGUCGUAUUAUAGAAUGAGCAAGUUCCUUAGAUACUUCUUUUAUAAAAAUUUUGCAUUCACUCUCUGCCAUAUCUGGUUCGCCUUCUUCUGUGGAUUCAGUGCACAGACAGUGUUUGAUCCAAUGUACAUUUCUGUCUAUAAUCUAUUUUAUACGUCGCUACCAGUCUUGGCAGUUGGCAUAUUUGAUCAAGAUGUUAAUGAUAAAAAUAGCCUAAUGUAUCCAAAGUUAUAUGCACCUGGACUUCAAAAUCUUCUCUUUAAUAAAAAAGAAUUUUGUUGGAGUGCUCUACAUGGUUUUUUUGCUAGUUGCGUAUUAUUUUUAGUACCCUAUGGAACAUACAAGGAUGGAGUAUCACCAAAGGGCUAUGUACUUUCAGACCAUAUGCUGCUGGGCAGUGUUGUAGCUACAAUAUUAGUUAUAGUUGUAACAGUUCAAAUCGCUCUUGACACAUCAUACUGGACAAUUGUUAAUCAUAUUAUGGUGUGGGGCUCGUUGAUAUGGUAUUUUAUUUUAGAUUACUUUUAUAACUUCGUCAUAGGAGGUAGUUACGCCGGCAGUCUUACAAUGGCUAUGUCAGAAGCAACAUUUUGGUUCACAACAGUUAUAACAUGUAUAAUACUAGUGAUACCAGUUCUUUCAUGGAGGUUCUUCUUUAUGGAUGUGCGGCCAACACUCUCUGAUAGAGUAAGAUUGAAACAAAGAUUAGCGCAAUUGCGUUCUCGUCAGAGUCAGGACAUUUUGCGUACUCCAUCUACGAGACGCACGCGACGAUCUCUGCGCUCGGGCUACGCAUUUGCUCAUCAAGAAGGUUUUGGACGACUUAUUACAUCUGGAAAAAUCAUGCGCAAAUUACCCAAUGGUGCAGAUUUUAAGUUCGCUAUGCCAUUUACCAAUAAUGUUACUAAGCAAAUUAAUGCUGCUACUACGUCGCCAAAGGAGAAUGCAUCUCGGAAUUCGCACACAUUGGAUGCUAUCACUCUGUGAAGCUUUACGUUAAUCACAGUGUUGCACAGUAAGUAUGAUUUCUUCGUUCACGUACCAUCGUGACAUUAAAACAUAGUCACUCAGUUUGCCUUAUUGAAAGUUGCUCUAUAUAA